UCAGUCUUGUUUUCGGUAAUUUCGAAUGCCGGUCAUGUUUUGCAAUGUUUGGAUUGAAAAUUACGCACGCCUCUCUGUGACCCCCUCCAGAUGAAGAAAAAGGAAAGUGCACACGAUAUUCGCUGGUCGGGCCAAAGAUUACGAGACAGUAAUUCGAGAGCUCAUCGAAGGUGGUGAAUUCGUGAUUUGAGAACGGUCUUAGAGAUAUCAACAGCUACAGAAUGCCGACAGAAUAUGUGGACGGUCAUCCAGACAGAUGCGAAGACUUCUUCGCCGGCAAAACCGUGUUGAUCACGGGAGGCACAGGCUUUAUGGGCAAGGUCCUGGUGGAGAAACUGCUGAGGGCUUGUCCGAAAGUCAAGAAGGUGAUCCUGCUGAUGAGGGACAAGAAGGGAAAGAGUCCGGAGCAGAGGUUGAAGGAUAUUUUUGCAGGACCGCUCUUCGACAUGCUGAAGAAAGAAUGCGGACCGGACCAUCUCAAGAAGGUGGUCCCUUGCAAGGGAGACGUGGCCGAGGAGGAUCUGGCCCUCAAGAAGGAGGAUAGGGCCUGGCUGGCCGAGGAAGUCGAGAUAGUCUUCCACUGCGCCGCCACCAUAAGGUUCGACGAGACGCUGAAGAAGGCCGUGCUUCUGAACGUCAGGGGAACGCAACUGAUGCUGGACCUGGCCAGGGAAAUGAAGAAAUUGCUGGUCUUCGUCCAUCUAUCGACCGCCUACUGCCAUUUGAACGAGAGGGUGCUCUACGAGAAGCCUUACCCUCCGCCAGCAAGUCCACAUCACGUGAUCAAAUGUUGCGAAUGGAUGAGCGAAGAGGUGUUGGAGUCCAUCACACCAAAGCUUCUGGGUAACAUACCAAACACCUACGCCUUCACAAAGGCUUUGGCUGAAUCCUUGGUAUGCGAUGAAAUGGACAAUUUACCGGUAGUGGUCUUAAGACCUUCAAUAGUACUGCCCAUUUGGUUGGAACCUUUACCUGGAUGGACUGACAACAUCAAUGGACCUACUGGUCUUUUGAUUGGAGCUGGUAAAGGUGUUAUAAGGACCAUGUGGUGUAAAGGAGAUGGCUAUGCCGACUACGUGCCAGUGGAUAUCGCUGUUAACUGCAUGCUUGCCAGUACCUACGACUGCGUUUACUUCAAGCAAAGAAGAAUUUACAACGUGACAAGUUCGUCCGAAUACAAAAUUUCCUACGAAGAGAUCAUAAACAUAGGUAGAAGAAUCGUGGAGACUAAGAUACCCCUAAACGGAGUCGCCUGGUACCCCGGUGGGUCGAUGAAGAGGAACAGAACCUACCACAGAAUCUGCUUCUUCCUUUACCACAUCAUCCCAGCCAUCUUUGUCGACGCCCUUCUGGUUUUACUGGGUUACAAGCCAGUGUUGAUGAGGGUGCAGAGACGUAUCGCCAAAGGUUUCGAGGUGUUUGAGUACUACGCGAACAACCAGUGGGACUUCCACAACGAAGACUCCCUGGAAGCGAGGAAACUGUUGAAUCCCACGGAAAAGAAGAAAUACAAACUAGACGGAGACGGCAUGAAUUACGAGGAGUACUUCACGAAUUGCGUACACGCUGCCAGAUUGUACAUUUUGAACGAAACUGAUGAUCAGUUGCCAGCUGCUAGGAGACACAUGAGGGUGAUGUGGUUCGUCGAUAGAAUAUGCAAGACUUUGAUCCUGUGUGGCUUCAUGUACCUGUUUUAUAAAUAUCUUCUUCUGCCUAUUUUUGGAUGAUAUCGUUGUUUCAUUAUGCUACAUAGUUUUAUGUUGUUAGAUCGAAUUUUUUAUACAUGUUAUUGAAUUUUAUACAAGCAAUUCAUGUGACUGUUGAAAAAUUAUUUAGAUUUAUAUGUAAUUUAGUAUUCAAUAAAAAUUUAGUAACUAA